GCUUCCAAAAUACCACUGGAUUGCCGGCGAGAGGGAGGAGGAGGAGAAAAGGGGAAGCGCUCGCUCGUUCGCUCAGGCAGAGCCCACCAGUAUUCCAGAGCGGCUGCUCAGUCGGUUCCCCUCCAAGUUGAGCGUCAGCCGGAGUCUUCAGCGCUGAAGGAGCUGCUGCUGGUGCUGCUGCUGCUGCUGCUGCUCCCACCGCCGCCGACUUCAGUGCCACAGGAACCCGGCAGCUGUUCUAACGGGCCAGCCUCCCUUCAGCGCGGAGCUGCCCUCCUGAGAGUUGUCUGAGGCGCAAGCCUGGCCGCGUGGGCAAGGCUCGCGGCGGCGCUCCUGCCCACGGCGCCUUUCCCGCCAGAGAUGCUGCUGCUGCUGCUGGGCUAGAGGCGUCUUGAGGCGGCGGCAACCCCCAGCCAGGGUCGCCGUGAAGACGGGGCGGCGGAGCCCCCUGGUUUGCCUGCACCACCACCACCGAGGUUCCUUGCGCCUUCUCGCGCCCUAUGGGGUUCCCCUCAGGCAUCCUUCGACAGACGUGAGCGCCGCAGCGAGGAAGUCACACCUGCCCAUGGAGUCCCGGCGGGAGGCCGCCGACCUUUCGCUGGAGCCGAGCGUGUGAGAGCCCCCCAACCCGCGCCGCCGCUCUCACUCAGACCCUCCUCCCACCCUGGCCACUGCGCUCUCCCGCAACCGCUGCAACAUGCUACCUGCCCUGGCAACGACGAGGCCCGUCGCUCCUGCUCCAGGGCUCCUGCCAUUCCUUGCCACCCUUCGGAUGAGACUCCCUGCAGGCAAGCGUUGGGCCAGUUGGAAAGUGCAAUAAUUCACCAUCCUCCUCCUCCUCAUCAUAAAUACUUUGUGUGUCUCUGUCUAUCUGUAUCUAAAAGGAGAAGGACCGGGAGCCAGUCUCAGAGGCAGGUAUUUCUGCUGCUCUUCCUUCCCCCUCUCCCCUCUCCCUCUCCCUCCCCCCCAAGGACAAGAGACGUGAACUUUUACAGGGUUACUAUGCAAUUGCGACUGGUUUCUUGGUUCUUUAUCACUUUGAACUUGAUGGAAUACAUUGGCAGCCGGCACCCUUCCAGAGUCCGACGGCAGGGAAGAAUGCCUCCCAAUGUGAGCCAAGCUUGCCAAGGAGGAUGUGCAACAUGUUCCGAAUACAAUGGAUGCCUCACAUGUAAACCCCGAUACUUUUUUUUCCUGGAGAGGAGUGGCAUGAGACAGACAGGCUUGUGUCUUUCUUCGUGUCCCCGUGGAUAUUUUGGAACACGAUUUCCAGAACCAAAUGGGUGUACAAAAUGUAAAGCUGACUGUGAUGCCUGUGAAUUCAAUAGCAAUUUCUGCACAAAGUGUAACAAUGGGUUUUACUUACUCCGCGGAAAGUGCCUUGAAAACUGCCCUGAACGGCUGGAACCCAACAAUCACACUAUGGAGUGCAACGAUAUUGUGGAUUGUAAAACUAGUGAAUGGAGCCCAUGGACCGCUUGCACAAAGAAAGGGAAAACAUGUUUCAAAAGAGGGAAUAAAACAAGGGUCAGAGAAAUCCUGCAACUUCAUUCUACAAAGGGCAACCCAUGCCCACAUACAAGUGAGACAAGAAAAUGUGUUGUACAAAGGAAGAAAUGUCAGAAAGGAGGAAAAGGGAGAAAAAACAGAGAGGAAAGAAGAAAAAAGCCAAAGAGAGAAGAAAGCAAAGAAGCCAGGCAGGAAAACAAAGGCCGAGAAUCCAGAAGCCAAAACCGAGAACAGCAGGAAAAUAAAAGUAAAAUGCAGUUGAAGAAAAGAAGAGCGCAGGAAAAAAUGGCAGAAACUCCUAACCCUCAGCACUGAACACUAAUCACCUGACACCACUGUUUAAGACUUUUGCUGCUGCUAUCUCCACCAGAUCCCGGGGCAGGUGCUCCCCAAAUAAGCCACAAAUGGACAAUAUUAUCAGUUAUACUUACAUCUUAAACAACAUUCCAAAUAAUUCGUAUUAUAUUCUUCAUGCAGUCAUAGUUUAUUCAAGAGACGGACAUAAGCAAAGAAUGUUUUUAAACAAAUCUUUAAAUGGGAUACUUCCAAACUAUUAUAUUAUAUGCUUCCAUGCAUCUCUAAGAGGCAAUUUAAAAGUUUUGUAUAUAAUAUCAAUAUGGUAUAAGGUAUAGCAAUAUAUUGAAUGACAUCUGUGGGGGGGGGACUGUCUUUUGUUCUUUGUAAAAUAUUUUUCAAUCUAUUGUUUAUGAAGCAAGAGAUAUCUAAGUAACAGACACAGUAUCCCUACAUGCAUAAUUAUACAUGCUACAUAAAGAGGGGAUUUUCCCUCUAAAGAGGAAAACAAUCUCUUAAGAGAUGGUGGAAAUCUGAGAGUUUAUACCCCACAGUCGAUAAAAGCUACUUGGUGGUUCCCUGGAUUUUGCCCCAGAAACUCCAGACUGAACAGCUAUGGGGCUCUAAAAUAAAAUGGAGAGGGGAAAAGUGGAAACAACAGUAAACGCAUCAGAAGCUCUUCUUCUGAAGGACCAGUGACAGCGCUUAGCUAUGUAGCGCUCCCGUUUGCAGCACAGCACAAUGUUUUCUGAUCUAAACCAUGAUCCUACAGUGUGUGCUGCUCUAGGCGUUUUGCAACUCUGUAUAAUUUAAAUCUACAUUUUGGAUCUUCCAGUGACUGGCAAAUCAUAUUUGUAGGAAACAAACACCAAGUUAAUAAAGAAAAGAGAAAAUAGACCACAGAAACAUAAUGUCAUUUGCACUGUCAAUUUGUUUCGUUUCUCUUUGAAUUAAACACUAUCACACAUGCUGCUUUGUAAACAGAGAAGAAGAAAAAGGAUGCUGAUCUUUAGAAAUGUGCUAUCUAAUAAAUGAAUGCCACUUUUCUAAACACA